AACUAUUAUAGAUUAUUAUAUAAAGUUUGGAAUAAUGUAUUUUUAAGAAAAGAAAUUCAUAGUCAUAUUUUAUCCUUUAUUUUAUUUAGUGUUGUAAAGUUUGAUAAUAAAUCUCAAUAUGACCAGUUUAAAGAUAAAUCAUAUAUAUCAACACUUGGGUGGUACAAUGAUCAACUACCAAAUAAUAAUGAAUUACCACCAUUUUUGACAGGUUUACAUUUGGACGGUUUUUUUAAUCAAAUAUUACCCUCUCCAACAACUUUACCAAAUACAAUUACUACAAUUAGAUUCGGUUAUGAUUUUAACCAAAUAGUUCCACCCGGCUCAUUACCAAAUAGUCUCACUACAAUCAUAUUCGGUUUUUGUUUUAAUACAAAGUUAGAUGUAGGUUCGAUUCCAAACUCUGUAACUAAUUUAUCAUUCUCUUACUGCUAUAACCAGCCCUUUGAUAUAGGUGUUUUACCCCAGUCCCUCAAGUCUUUAACUUUUGGCAACUAUUUUAAUCAAGAUCUACCCCGUGGAACUUUACCACCAAGCAUCGAAUCGCUAGAGUUUGGAAAAUCAUUUAAUAAAGAACUAGAGGCCGGAGCGAUACCAUCAAGCAUCAAAUCAAUUAUCUUUGGUGACUUUUAUAAUCUUCCAUUACCUACAAAUUUUUUUUCCUUAUCUUCAUUGACCAAUCUAAAAUUGGGAUUUUGUUUUAAUCAACCCAUUAGACCUCAUACCCUUCCACCAUCGCUCAAGGUUUUGACACUUCUUAGCGAUAUCAACAAAGUUUUAACAGAUAAUUGCUUACCAUCAUCACUUGAUAGUUUAAACAUAGGUAACAAAUCAAAUUUUAGUAUUAAACAUCAAAGUGAAAAACCAAACCAAACAGCAUUAGAUAGUCAAGAUCAGCAGACACUAAAUAACCCUUUAUUAAGAAUCAAUAGUUUUAUUCAAAUGCGUCGACAGCAACAACAACAAAAACAAGGCACCACAACCACAACCACAACAUCCAUAUUCCAACAAUAA